AUGGACCUUGAAGAAUAUAUCAAUUACCCAGAAGAGAAAAAAACAAAUGAAGUAUUGAAUGACAAAGAAAUUUUGGCCCUUGUUACCAACCUGAAACCUGAAAAAAGUAAUGAUGAAGAGGAUAAGAAUAAAAGUGAUAAAGAAGAGGAUGAUAGUGCAGAAAUACACCAAAUUACUCACCACGAAGCCUUAAGUGCUGUAGAAGUGCUUGAACACUAUCUUAUGCAACAAGAUGUUAGUAAGGCAGCCCGGUCAAAUCAUGAUCAAGCUUUGUCAAAUCUGCAAAAAGAAAUAAGGAAACUUCGAAAUUCAUCUUUCAAGCAAGUGAAUAUUAAAGCCUUUUUUGAAUUGGCUGAUUAA